GAUGCGUGCACAGUGCACACACACUGAACUCUUGUGCACAAUUCUUGUGCAAUUUUGAUUAGAGCUCGGAGCUCUCGGGUUCGACUCGGUUUCGUGGAUCCGUUUUCAAUUUCAAUUUGUAGGUAUCUUCUGCAGAGCAGACUGGAGAGUGGUGUGGGCUUGACAGAUUUCUGGUCGCGGAACAUACCUAUGUGUCUCAAGAACAUUUGUGUGUUUGGUAUUUCUUAAACAGUGAAGAAGUUAAGAGUAAAAUUUUCAAUUUCAAUUUGUGUCAACGCUACAGCCUGGGCCUUCGGGGACAAGCUUCAGCUAUCAAGAAAAUGGGCAAGAAAAAUAGGUCAGCAAAAGCUGAUAAAGGAAAACCAUCUUUUCAAGAUCAGCUGAAGAUUAAGGAUUUGGUGAAAGAACUGCUUGCAAAAUCAUCUAUUGUGGCCCGAAUGAACAAGGCUGAAGAAUGGGAAAACUAUCAAAGUAUCUAUGACAUUCUGCAGCAGAUUAUGACUUUGCAGAAAGCGCCCGCUCGGCCCGGCGGCGGCCCGGGCAGCCGGCUGGCGCGGGUGCAGGAGCUGCACGGGUGGCUGCUGCAGCAGGGCGGCCGGGCGCCCGGCCUGGAGGCGGCCGAUUUCGCCGGCUACGGGCUCGGCCUGCGCUGCACCGAGCCGCUGGCGCCCUGUCAGACGGCCAUCCAGGUGCCGCGCGCCGUCAUGCUGUCGCUCGACACUGCGCGCCAGGCCAAAAUCGGGCCGUUCAUCGCCGGCGACAAGCUGACGUCGGCCAUGCCGCAGCUGGGCCUGACGCUGCACCUGCUGGAGGAGGCGCUCUCCGAGGACAGUCGCUGGACGGCCUACAUCCGCGCGCUGCCAGACACCUACGAUACCGUGCUGUACUUCACACCGGCAGAGGUCGAGAUGCUCAGGGGCUCGCCCUGCUUCGAGGAGGCGCUCAAGCAAUGUCGCAACAUCGCCAGACAAUACGCUUACUACUAUGGCUGUCUGCACCACUGUCCCGAGGCAAGGAGUCUGGCCAUCAGGGAUAACUUCACCUUUGAGAAUUACAGGUGGGCGGCUUCGACCGUGAUGACGCGGAUGAACAACAUACCGUCUGAGGAGGAUCCCGGGACUGCGGUACCGGCGCUCAUCCCCUACUGGGACCUGUGCAACCACUCCAACGGACGGGUGUCGACCGACUACUGCCACGACCCGCCCAGCUCCAUAUGUUUCGCCUUCCGCGACUUCGCGCCCGGCGAGCAGUUCCACAUCUUCUACGGAGUCCGACCGAACGCGGAGUUCCUGCUCCACAACGGGUUCGUCGACGCCGACAACGAGCACGACGCGGUGGCGGUACGUCUGGGAGUGAGCCGCGGCGACCCGCUGCACGAGCCGCGCGCCCGCCUCCUGGAGCGGCUGGGCGUGCCGGCCAGCGGCCUGUUCUACCUGCACCGCGAGGGCUCGCCCAUCGACGGAUCACUCUUUACCUUCCUCAGGGUGUUCAACAUGGACGCCGAGACGCUGGAGCACUGGCUGCGUGUGGAUAACGUGGGCGACCUGGGCUCGGAGCAGUGUGACGGCCUGCCGGCCGGCCUGCAGCUGGCCGCCUGGCGGUUCCUGCACACGCGCGUCACGCUCCUGCUGCGCCUGUACCCGGGCACGGCCGAGGCCGACCGCGCGCUGCUGGCCGCUCCGCCUGCGCCGCCGCCGGAGGGCGCCGCCGACGCGCCGCCGCCGCUGACGCCGCGCGCCCGGAUGGCCGUCACCCUUCGGCUCGGCGAAAAGCUGAUCCUGCAGCGCGCGCUCCGCUUCGCCACCGACAAAAUGCACGAGCAGGAGCUGCUCGACCAGGAGCUGAAGAGCCAGGAGAUUCAGGAGCCCGUCGAGCAGUAGCGGUCAGACUAUCCUGCGCUACGGAUUCCCCACUGCCCAGAACUAACGGAGAUGGCCCAUGAUUGUCCGCCGCUGAGGUGCGUGGACAGGGGUGGGGAUGCGGGAACCGUCACAAAAGGGAGAUACCAGGGGAGUUCCUGUGAUGGUAUUUUUCGGCUCAGAGUUUGUACAGUCAGGGGGUUGUUUCGGUGCUGGGAAGGCAAGGUCCGUCCAGGCCCUGAGCUCGCUGUGGAAAGGUGCUUGUUCUCGGAUGUUUUUUGUGGUCUGUUGGUGACUAGUCUUCUGAGGUCUCCCGGCUGGCCUUCGCCCUGACGCGACAUGCCUUGGACGGCAGACAGGGUGUGGGGUGGUUGUGAUGGCAUGGGAGGAGAGAAUUGUUAAUAACGCCCAGGGGGCUCUUUGGCCCGAAUAGGAUCCUUUAACGAGUCAGCCGGGUCACAUUCGAGGAGUAACACAGCGUGUUGCCUACUUAAUGGUGCGCCGAGAGCGAUUUUGGGGCUCAGUCGGCCGGAGGGUAGAGAUCUGAGGGCAUUGCACGCUGCCCGGCCAGAUCUGAGGGCAUUCGGACGUUAGUUACCUGAUUGUGCCGCGGCAGUUCCCGGUCACUAACUCUACUUACAAACGCGCAGUAUUAGGGUGGACGGGUCGCGCGGACGGCGCGCAGGGGGAGAGAGAGAGCGCUACCAAAGAGGGAGCAGAGCCGCCGCUCACGGCCAGUCGUCCCGCCGGCAGGAACCUCAGCUCAAUCGGCCGCCGGGCGGGCCCGCCGCGCGGUCACCAGUCAACUGAAAAUACUCGCCGGGCCCCAUGUGUGAUAAUACUAAACCGUAAAAACCGUGUGCUGUGGGCCACUGGGCCUCAAGUGCAAUGCUGUGUCUUCUCGAGUGUGCGUGUGCGUGUGUUAUUUACCGUGUUGUGCGCCAGUUGGUGCGGGCGUUGUUGCCGCAAAGCAAAAUAAAUACUCAGGCAUUGA